CUUUAAAACCUGCAAAUAGCAACCAAACUAGCUAAAGCUACUGCAGUCGAAUGGCCAGACUAAAAAUCAUCCAACUUUACAGUGGAAAUUGGUCCGUAUCUAAAAAGCAAGUGAAAAGAAACCAAUAAAAUUACACGAACACGUCACAAGAACAUUGGACUUCGGUUUUAGCCUUGACGGUUUUUCAAAAGACGGUGUGUCUCACUCAUAACUGAUAUUCUGUGGCUAUCGUUAGUGCCUUCAAUGUAAAAUUUUUCAUUUAUCAUGCUCUCGUCGUUCCCAUUUUCCUGCUCAGGUUCUCAUUAAUUUCGACCUAAAAUUUCAGAAAAAACAUCCACUUUUGUGGCCUUUGUCCCUUGCCCUAAGGAGAAAUCAACGCUACUUCCCGAAUUCCACGCACAUCCUGGAAAUUCUACGUACAUUUCCUUAGACGUCGCUUAAAUUUCCUCAGAGUUCGUGUACAUUCUCGAAACGUUUUUUGUCAACAGCCCGUUGUCUUCAUGAAUCAAUUAUGUACCCCAUUAACGACAUAGUAGACGGGAGACUUAUAUUUAAAGGUCGAGAUAAAGCGUUUUCUAACACUAUAUGCUCUAAAUAAUGCGACAAUAACCUACACUUUAGGAAGUAGCUCUCCCAAAUCUCACUUUAAAACAUGAAAGCGAUGAAAAAGACUGGGUUGCUAUAAGAACGAAGGGCGGUGUUAUUUCCAUCCUGAGUUGAAACCUUUUAGAAAGUUUAGUGUAGUUUCUACUUCAGUGUCGUAUUUUAACUCACUUUUCUGUUCGAGAUUAUCACACUCAUUUCUCACCCUCAUCUUAAAAGAAGUUACAGGACACAAAUAAACCCAUCAGUGGCUUGGUGUUCGAAAAAUCAUGUACAAUGGUCAAACCAAAAUGUGAUUCUUCUGGUUUAGCUAUUAAAACAGGUGGUAUCCGUUUUCAGAAGACAAAGGGUCAGCAUAUACUGAAAAAUCCCCUCGUUAUUACCACAAUGGUGGAAAAGUCUGGUAUCAAGUCCACAGACUCCUUGCUUGAAAUUGGUUCUGGAACUGGUAACCUCACUGUCAAGUUGUUAGAAAAGGGAAGGAAAGUGUACGCAUUCGAAAUAGAUCCAAGAAUGGUUUCGGAAUUGCAGAAACGUGUGCAAACCUCACCACAUCGAACCAAACUAGAAAUUCUCGUUGGCGAUGCAAUCAAAGCAAAAUCAUGGCCUAAGUUCGAUCUCUGUGUAGCGAACCUGCCGUAUAAAAUCUCCUCGCCAUUCAUCCAAAGACUGAUUAGCGCAGGUCGUGGUUUUAGAGCAGCAGUUGUUAUGCUCCAGAAAGAAUUCGCUGAUCGUCUUACGGCUAAACCUGGAGAUAAAUUAUACUGUCGUCUGUCAGCAUCUGCUCAGUUCCACUUCAAAAUUGAACAGUUGAUGAAGGUGGAAACUUGUCUUUCAUACUUCAGGCCUAUAAAUUAUUCUCAUCCCACCACUCUUCUUUAGCCUCUCAGUCAUCACGCGACUUGUUGGUAUUUAAAAACUCGAAUCACUUUGUGAUGUAAUAUCUCUCUGUUCUCCUAUAGGCUCAUAUAUCUACCAAACAACUAUAAAUACAGAUGUACAGCUUAAGUAAAUUAUUUUAUCAAAAAAAGGAAAUUCUGUUUAUUCUUAUUCAACGACAAUGAGAUACUUUAACUAUCAGAACGACAAAUUUACGGUGGACGAACCCACUUGACUAGUUCUGACUCCAAAGUGAGACCGUCUAGAAUUAAUUCGUACCGCUUAAAGAUCAGAAUAUUCUUGAGCAACCUGUCAUCAGACGCGUUCGGUUUUUAACAAACGUAGGUUUUCAGAAAUAUAGGAGCAUUAAA